AUGAAUUUCUGUAAGAUAUCCUGCCGAGCGCCGCUGGCGCUCAAGGCGGUGGCCGGUGUGUUUGUUUUGGUCAACUACGCUCUCAUGUCCAACGCCUCAGAGAUGGCAGCGCCCAUUCAGUGCGCUUCCGGCGAAACAAAGGAGAUUCAAGCGCCAACUAGUGGCUCCAUUGUUUUCCAAUGUGGGGCGAAUCUACAACUUACUCCCACUGAUGGCGCUGUCUUCCAGGGAGAGGAAUGCACAGAACAGACGAAAUUGGAUAGUCUCGUACCGGGUGCGAACCUGGUCACUAAAGCCCAGAAGUCCAAGAGCGCUUCUCCUACAUACACGCUGACUUUUGACGAUACUCCCCCCGAAGCCCAGGUGCUUUGCUACAAGUGUGUCGCCCCAACAGCUGACGCUGGCGGCUCAGGGCGGUCGGAGGCACAGGGGGGCGCGGAACAGGCACAAAAAGAAUGUAAACUCAUUAUUAACGUGCCAGGUGUCGAGGGCCUAGUCACUUCCUCUGGGUCUGUGUCUGCGUCUCUCACGCGAAAGUGUCUUGCUGCCGUUCUCGCAGGUUUGUUGAUCGCGUUACCUUAA